GGAUAUGUACCCUGACAUAAUACCUUCCAACCAAGCAAGUAGCUGGCAAUUGAUCUGAUGACAUGAUGUGAUGGUUCGCAGACGCGCUGCUGUGCGCGUUCUGUUCUUCUCCCUCUGAACUCUGUUUAUUAUCAAUUGUCGCAACGGCACCUUGAGCAUAUUUGCAAACAUGGCCACUGCGAACGGGAAUGGAACACGAGAUGCUGGAAUUACGGACUCGGAGCAUUUUUCGCCGUAUAGAGCAGAUGGAAAACUGUAUGGUUUCGUAUGCGUAGUUACAGGAGCAACCCAACCCGUGGGAAAAGCAAUCGUCGCUGAGCUUGCAGCACACGGCGCAGCAUGCAUAUAUGCAUGCUCUAGCCUCCCCUCAGAAACCUACACCGAACUCGCCGACUCAAUAAAUGCGCAAUACCCAAACACAAAAGUCAUCGGCUACCCUUACAAAAUCAACUCGGAAGAAGAUACUCUCGCCCUGAUUGAUGACGUGCUAAACUCCUGGGGCCGACUCGAUGUUUGGACAUCUUCUACCGGUUUGCUAGGACCCCCGUCUAUCAACCAGACAGGGCCGAAAGACUUGUACGCAGCAUUUGAUACAAAUGCCAUGCCUGCUUUCUUCGCGCUCAAGUAUGCGCCCGCUGCAAUGCAAAAGACAACGCCCAAGGGGAGUUAUCCUAAUGCUGCACCAAAGGACGUUCCGUAUGGGAGUAUCAUCGUCGUCACCAGCGUUGCGGGCACGUAUGGUGGGUGUUGGGCUCCUGCUUUUACAAUGGCUUCGCAUGCUGCACUUGGUGUUGUACGCUCUGGUGUGCUCGUGCUCAAGGGAACCGGUGUGCGGAUCAAUGCUAUUACGGCUGGGCAGAUUGAUGUCGGCGUCGAUCUGAAGGAUUGUGGUGUCAAAGAGAUGGCACAGGGCCAGUUUCCUCCCGCUGCACUGCAGGGAGAGGAGAGCCAGAAGAGAACGAUUGGUUUGGAGAGAGCAGGGAGGCCAGAGGAGGUAGGUAGGACGGUGGGAUUCUUGGCGAGUGGGUUCAGUAGUUAUAUUACUGGGGCGGAGUUGAAGGUCGAUGGCGGAGCGGGGGUGAUGAACCCCAUUACUGUUCCCGUUUAGGGUGGAUAAAUCGUGUUCAGAGCGUGGAGAUUGUGGCAUUGAGUCGGUCCUGAUAGUUGUGAUAUGCACCUAAUGCUGCAGCACAACCGGCACCCCCUUUUCCCAGUUCUCAAUACUCUCUUUGAUGUUGACCCAAUAUCUCAACUUGACCGCUUCACUCUUGGCAGCUUCUAGGUCAUCCCUCUUAAACGCCUGGUCGAUUAUCUCCGUGCUCUCCGCUAUUCUCUCCUCGUUCCUCUCCC